AUGUGCGUCAUGUGCCAGCACCCUCGCGCUAUUUCACGCUUGGUGCCAAUUGGUGGCGAAGAGAUCUGCGAGUACUGCGUAGCUGGCAACACGGAUCCUACCCAGCAGAAGAAGUGGUGUAUUCUCAGAAUGCAUGAAGAGCACCGCAUACAGUUCAUCAACGAUGAGACUGGUGACGAGUUUGACUGGAAUUGCGAGCCUCAUCGGACCGACAGGGAGCCAGACGCGCCUGCUACUCGAAAGUCAGGCCCACGAGCUCGUGAGACUGCACAGCGUGGGCUUGAAGAGCUGCGUGACCUGUUCCUACGAGAUGCGCCACCUGAGCUGCCAUUCCCACCUGGACCUAUGUCUCGGCAACUCCUCGAGACACAAGAAGCGGUUCACCCUGCGUACUGGAAGCUUAUCCAGAAGUGGCUUGCCGCUAUGUAG